CUCUAGCACGGCGAUCUCUUCAGUUUUAAUACACACACCUGAGGCAUAUGUUGAAUGUUUAUUGUUUAUCUAAAUUGCUGAUCAAAUAACAUCAUUUUUGAGCGUGCUUAGUCCCUCUUGUGUGUUUUAAGUAUUGUAGGUCUACUUUAAGGCAAGUAAUGCUAGUUUUGUGAAUGUAAAUGUUAGAGUGGCUUGGUCAAUGGUUCUAUUCACAACGUAUUUGAUAAGUCAAUGCUUUUUCGGAGUGUUGAUGCGGUGUAAAAAAAAAAAAUACGAAUAAAUAUCUUAUGUAGUGUAAAGACACAUUUUCAAAUCAUUAACGUAUCAUAAAAAUAUGAUAUGACCAUAAGUUAAGAUGCCACAUAUCACAUGGGCGCCUCAAAGGGUGUUUUCUAUACGAUAUCAUCAAAAUGUAUACAUCUUAUCAGCUCAUAAGUUAGAUGGUACAUAUCACAUGGACACAUCAAAUUUUUUUUGCUAUAAGACAUCAUUAACAUAUCAUAUACAUCUUAUCCGAGAAUAAGUUAAGAUGCCGCAUAUCACAUGAACGCAUCAAAUGAUGUUUUCUAUAAGAUAUUGAUUAUACAUGUGUUAUGAAAGUGUGUUCUAACUUUAAACGAAUUCAACAAAGGAAUUCAAUUAAUUAUUUAUGUCCUAUUUUCUAGAUGAACAAAUGAUCUACUCACGGUGUUGUUUAAUUCAAUGAAUGGCUUGGAAGGACGAUUCAACAUCAAUAUUUGAACCCAAACCAUGAGCCUUUACGACAAUGAGGACACAAGGAACUUCCAUUGAGCAUUGUACCCGGCCGUAGCUUUUGGUGCCAGGUUCUUUGGGAUAUUUUUGUCCCAAGAUUCUUGUGGAUUCUUUGUUGCCAGAUUCCUUUGCUGUAUUCUCGAGAAUAUUAGGAGACUGGCCAAAAAUUUUAAAAAAAUAUUUUUUUUUUUGGUGAUCUCAUUUUUUCCUCAUUUUCUUUAAAAAAUGUAAUAUGACAAUUUACAAGUAGGCAAUUUAUGUUGUUUUACAUCCAUUGUUAUUUAUUCACCUGGAUGCAGCGCAUGGUUUUAGAUCCAUUAAUAGACAUAAAACCAUUUCUUCAAAUUGUGGUGUAACCAGCGCUUUGCAUAAGAAAAUAAUUCACAAUAGAAAACAUGAGGUGCCUAUUCCAUUCAAAACUUAACCGGAAAUGAUCCAUUUGGAUUCAAGGAGUGUUUAAAUGAUGUAUAUCUUUUGAGGAUACGUUGCAAUUCGCAGGCGCUAAUGAAGUCUCAAAUUAAGACACCUGAAUUAGUUCUUUAAUUGAGUUCAGGGUUAAAGGCGAAAUUCGACGUACGCCAUGGCGGUGAAGUGCAGUGUCAGUGAGAAAUGUCUGAGCGAUGUGGCCAUUUGUUGUAUAGCAGUCGGCAUCAUAUUGACAGUGACGGGUCUGUUCUGGCCGGUGAACCCCAAUUACACCCUCAACAUGGAAGCGUCAGCCGAGGAGAACGAGAAGAACGAGGCAGAUCACGCGAGAUUCAUGGUCGCCAUCUACACGGUGAUCGUUCUGGGAAUGGUCUUCGUAUUGAUUGGUGCCCUUAUCACUUCCGGUCUGCUCAUGAAGGUCAUAAUUACCGAAGAAUGCGGCAAGCCCAAGCACAAGCGGAGUAGGAAACGACAGCACCCAGGGGUUUCAGAACAGCAGCAGAUUGAGAUCGUUAGCGACAUGCCGAUGAACAGCCGGUCCGUGAGUUGGGGUCAGUACGUACAGCCGUCGAGUCACGUGAUGUACACUGGAGCUAGACGAGGUGGCGAAGAGAGACUUGUCGAAUCGGACCAACUGGAGAUGAACCAAUACUUCUCUAACAUGAAACCUUAUGGUGCCUUACAAGGAUGAUACCUAUUUGUUUCUAGAAGGAUGAUUCUUGUUUGUGGUUCAAGGAUGAUAACCUAUCUGUUUCUACGAGGAUAAUACUUAUUUGUGGUUCAAGGAAUGAGAUAAACAAGAUAGCGAGGAUUACAUGUAGAAAUUGAAAAAUCUCUGUGUCAUGACAUGAAGCUGUCUAAAGGGAAAGUUUGCGUAAACGUGAUCAGAUUCUUGUGUACUUAAUGAGACCUAUAGAGCAUAAGUGCC